AUGAUUCCUUAUUCUAGGUCAAAGCCAGUGUCUUCCGAGGACUUAAGAGAAAACUCUCAGUCUCAAAAGGCACCCACCCGAGGUGGAUUCCAGAAGAGCGAGGAGGUUCUUAGCUCGCCAGCACCAUCCGUCACCCUUAGCCAACAUGAGUCUCAACUGUUUGCCCAGCUACCCAUGGCCAAGAUGGAGAAAAUGUUUGAGGAUAAUGUUGACCCAACCGGAGCCCUGGACAUGCAGGCUUUCAUUAAGGCCGUGAAGAAGAUUCUGAGCAAUGUGUCAGAUGAGAUGCUCGAGAUGCUGUUUCUGAAGGUGGACACAGACUGUAAUGGCUCCAUCACCUGGCAGAAGUACAUGGAUUACAUGAUGAGUGAGUUCCAGAGGAAGGAGCUGAUGAGGACGAGCCAGUACCGCCUGCACUUUCGCCUCCCCAUGAGGAUCAUCCCCCUGAACCAUGGAAGUGAGAUUGUGAAGGUGCAGAUUUUAAUCCAGCGGUUCAAGAAGAUUGGGCACCUCCUGACAGUCACCAAGGAUGGGAUCUUGCAGAUCUGGUCUGAGGCCUUCUCACUGAUUAGCUCCUUUAGGCUUAACCAGAUCCAGCAGCUCCACAACCAGCAGAUGUGGGUCAUCGACAUGGUGUGUCUCCACAACAUGAACCUGAUUGCGAUUGCAUCUACUCACCAGAAGAUAGAGUUCUUUGAUAUCAGCAACCAUAAUUGUGCCCAGGCCUUCACCCUCAUGGAUCUGGACAGCUGUGUCCUGGCCAUGGACUACUGGUCUGACUAUCACAGAGGUGUGUUCUGCUACGGGGACACCAAAGGCAAUGUCAUCGUCUUCACCUCCGACAAUGUGACCCACGGGCUGUUCAACCCCCGAAUCCUCCCCAGGACCUCCAAAUGGGAUCACUGCAUCAGGGUUUCUGCACAGAAGCUCCUAAAUGAAAAGUCCCCUUUGUAUAGAAGUUACCGGUUAAAGGCUCUUCAUCCCAACUGGUGCCAGCAGGUCAAGUUCAUCCCCCAGCUGAACAUGGUGGCUUCCUGUUCGGCCAUUGAGAAGUCCUCUCUGGUGCUGACAUUAUUGCCAUCCAAAGAUCUAGAGAGCCCCAAGUUAUCAGUACUGAACUUGAGGAAAGGGAUUCUCUGCUUUGAUUACUGCCCAGACAAGAACUUGGUGGUGACUGGUGGCUAUGACCCCCUCAUCCGCCUGUGGAACCCCUUCUUCUCAAAAAGGCCCGUGUGGCUGAUGAAGGGGCAUCAGACCUCCGUGACGCACAUCCUUGUGAACAACAGAAACGGCAGCAUCCUCCUCAGCGUCUCCAAGGACAAGAAUAUCCGUGUGUGGGACAUGCAGGACUACAUAUGCCUCCAGUCCUUUUGCGGGAGGCUUAUUGCCCUAGGAAACUGCCCCAUCACCAGCGUCUACUUCCACAAGAAUGAAGACAGCCUCAUCUGCACCACCUAUUCCAUUGGGAUCCUAAAAGGGUACUUGGAGACCGAGGGGCCUGAGAAAGGAGGGGAGAAGACCUCAACUUACAGCACACCCUUGUGCGCCGUCCUCUACAGUAAGAUCUUUAAGCAGGUGGUGAGCGGCUGCCUGGGCAGCCUGGUGAGUGUGUGGGAGAUGGCGACGGGCAGGCGGAUGAUGGAGUUCUCUGUGACCGGGGAGCAGCGCGUGGAGCUGACUGCCAUGUGCCUGGACGAGCCAGAGCGGCGGCUGCUCACAGGUUUGCGCGACGGCACCAUAAAGAUGUGGAACUACACCAUGGGCGAGUGCCUGCUGACCUUCCCCAACCCGGACCAGCUGGAGGUUAGCGGGAUUGUCCCUAUGAACAAGGUGUUCUACGUGACUGGGUGGAGUAAGAGAAUCAGUUGUUUCAUGCUCCGCAAGACCAAGCCGAUGGUCCUGUACCACCACUGGCAGCAUUCGCACAAGGAGGAUGUGCUGAGCAUGGCCAGGUACCAGAACCAGUUCCUCGGGACCUCCUCGUACAACGGGGACGUUUUCCUCUGGAGCGUCAGCCUGUUCAAGCCCAUCCUCAACUUCAACGCCUCCAAGGGCCCCUUGCCUUCACUGCCCACGAAGAUCCAACAAGUGGACAACCCCCCGGCAGAGGGUUUCAGGUCCAGCAGGCCCUGUGCGGAGCACGAGAAGUGGGCACAUGAACCCUCAGUACGGCGCCCGCGCCCCGGGGCCAAGACCACGGCCAGUGCCAGCCUGCAGCGGAACCUGGCGUCGGCUCCCCCGCUGAUGAAAUGCCCCAGAGACAAGGAGCCAGAGGGGCCCCUGCCCCCCCAGAAACCUUUCCGUGCUGAAAGCCCUAAGCUGUUCCGAAUACCCUAUGGCAGAUGGUCAGUCCUCAGAGAGGCUCAGAAGAGAGGAGGGGAGUUCCGGAAGAAGGUGCUGCUGCAGUCCAGUGCUUCGGUGGAGAAGAUCAUCUUCCUGCAGACCAGGCCCCGCCUGCCACACACAGCCGCGCUGCUGAGCAGCUGCACGGACGGCCACAUCUAUGCCUGGUCCAUCCACGGAGACGGAGGCCUGCUGGGGAAGUUCCCUGUGGGCUUUGAAGACAAGGAGGAUGUGGUUGUGGGCGCCAUGGCCACAGAUGAGAAAGACUUGAUCCUUGUCACAGGGGACUGUAAAGGAUACAUCAAGAUCUGGGACAUCAAAGAUUAUUGCACAUUCAGUGACAACUGGCCACUUCAACCCAAUGGAACAAACAAAUUCCGGCUCUUAAUUCCUGAACAGGCCCAGAUCAACCUCCCACACUACACCCCCUUGAAGGAGAAGGAGGUCGUGGCUGGCCAGACCAUUUCCUUGGUUCCUCCCAAGCUUCUCAAUUCCUGGAAGGGCCAUUUGGACAGUGUGGCAGACGUCUUGUAUGUGGAUAGCUUCCAGCUGGUUGUCAGUGCUGGCCAAGACUGUAACGCCAAGGCCUGGAAACUCUCUGGUGACACCAUUGGGACGUUUGGCCUGAGUGUCUGGAAAAGGUUGCAGGAUAUUCGGAUGGUUGGUGAUUCUGAACUGAGAAAAGAGUCAAAGGAGGAGGAUGACUCUACAGUUGCUGCCCAGAAGGCCUUCCACUCAGAGCCACAGGAGGAGCGGGCUCUUGCCGAGGCCCUGGUGUACCAGCGGCGGGAGCAGGCAGCGCUCCUGGCGCUCCUGAAGGGGAAGGCGGACACGGAGGCUGAGGCUUGGGCUAACCUGCAGAAGAUAACCCAGACGUCCCCGUGGGCUGGAGAGCGCUCCCCGGAAGACAUUGAGAGCAGCUGGCGCAAGUGGGAGUCCAAGGGCAAGCAGGAGAGCAGCAUUGUGGGAGCGGCAUACAAGCCCAAGGAGCGGUCACGGAGUCCCAGCCUCCUGUCCGCCAACGUGCGGUACGGCUGGAUGAAGUACCAGAUUUCACCUCAGGUCUACCAAAGCCUGCACUUCAACAACCUGUCGCCCACCCACACGCCUGACCUCGUGCUGCACAGCAUCCUGGAGCAGCAUGGCCAGCGCACCUGCCCGCCCACCCACAACUGCCAGAAGGACCUGGAUGCCUACAGGGAGACCACGCCCAACACCGUGACCAGCUCACCCACUGUCUCCCUCUCUCCCAGCGACUCCCUCUCUUGGACGGCCUCAGGCUCCGGCUUCCUGGAGGCCACCUUGUCCACCUCCCUGCACCUCCAGUCCCCCAUGUCGGCCUUGUCCCAGGCAUCCAGGUAUGACGCGCAGAGGUCAGCGACCCCCAUGCCCGUUCCCUCGUCCAUCAAGCAGCUCUCAAGACCUCUGAAGGCCACCCUUCUGUCCUCCGCGAAGAGCUCCCACAUCAGGUUCUGAGGUGGCCCACCGUCUCUCCAGUCCUCUAGCACGGUCACCAGGCCCUCGGGGCUGGUCCUGUCUGUCCUUGGCUCACCCCUGCCAGACCCAGAGGCUAUAGACCUCCUUCUGUUGACCCCUUUCUUCACUAGUCCUGGAGAAGAAAAUAAAUAUUGGCAGACAUCA